AUGGGGAUUAUCUAUGAAGAUGUUGUUGUGAUAAAGGAAGCAGAAAGUCCAGGGGAUCAAACUAAGAUCAGUGUGAAUUGUCCGGACAAAACUGGGCUGGGUUGUGAUCUCUGUCGGAUAAUCUUGCUCUUUGGACUCAGCAUUGUCAGAGGAGAUGUCCAAACAGAUGGCAAAUGGUGUUACUUAGUUUUCUGGGUAGUUGGUAAGCCAACAACGAGAUGGAAUUUACUGAAGAAGAGACUUCUAGAGGUAUGCCCAACAUGUACGGCUGCAGCAUCUGGAAUUUAUUAUUACAGGCCAGAAUUUCAAGAUCCUCGGCCUCCAGAUGUAUUCCUCUUGAAGUUUUGGUGUUCCUAUGACCGCAAAGGCCUUUUACAUGAUGUAACCCAGGCUCUUUAUGAGCUAGAGCUCACAAUCAAAAGAGUCAAGAUAUCCACUGCCCCAGAUGGAAGAGUCAUGGACCUUUUCUUUGUAACGGACACCAGGGAACUUCUUCAUACCGAAAAGAGGCGGAAUGAGGCAAUUGAUCAUCUGAAAUCUGCGUUAGGAGAUGCAAUGGUCAAUUGUGAAAUUGAACCAGCCAUUCCUGAGCUCACUGCAUGCUCUCAAUCUUUUCUUCCACCUUCAGUCACUGAAGAUAUGUUUAAGCUGGAGAUGCCUGAAGUUCUUGCAUCCAGUUCUGUUUCUAUUGAGGUGGACAAUUUCCUCAGCCCAUCCCAUACCCUUGUUCGAGUCUUUUGUCAAGAUCACAAGGGUAUAGUCUAUGACAUCAUGAGGACACUAAAAGAUUAUAACAUUCAGAUAUCUUACGGCCGCUUCUUUGCAAGCCCGAAAAGAAACUGUGAGGUGGACGUAUUCAUUAUGCAAGCUGAUGGGAAGAAGAUAAUUGAUCCACACAAGCAGAAUGCUCUAUGUUCCCGGUUGAGGAUGGAGCUUAUUCAUCCACUUAGAGUGGAGGUGAUAAACCGUGGUCCUGAUACUGAGCUCCUGGUAGCUAAUCCUGUGGAGUUAUCUGGAAGAGGACGCCCUAUGGUUUUCUAUGAUAUAACCUUAGCCCUCAAGAUUCUGAACCUGCGCAUUUUUUCGGUGGAGAUAGGAAGACACAGAAUCCACGACCGCGAGUGGGAAGUAUACAGAGUACUCCUGGAUGAAUGGGACGGAUGCUCUUUGCGGAGGAAUGAGAUAAAAGAGUGUGUUCGGAGGAAGUUGAUGGUCUGGGAAUGA